AUGUCGGACCUGCAGGAGCUGCUUGCCCGUCUCAACGGCGGCGCAUCCGGCAACCAGCAGCAGCAACCACACGGUUACCAGCACCCGUCUGUCUCUUCGCCUCUCUUCUCCCCCCAACCCGGCGGCGCACAGCCUCAUCACCAGUCUGCCGUCAUGUCGCCCAACUCGUCCAUGGCCAACACGCCCGCUCCCGAGCCGGUUUCGCAGCCUACGCCGCAGCAGCAGUCGACCAACCUGCUCAACCUCCUCCGCUUCAACUCGCAGGGCGGCGGACAGUCUCGACGCGUCUCGCAGCAGUCGCAGGCGCCCGACAUUGCCACAAGCAUGGCCAGUGUCAUGGGCAGUAGGACGCCCUCUCACAGCGCCGCUGCCCCAGCGCAGUCGCCUGCAGCCGCCCAGCAGAACCCGCAGGACCUCCUCCUGCGCCUGCUGAACCACCCCAAGCCCGCCCAGACCAGCGGCCGCUCCUCUCGAGCUGCCUCCGUGCUCUCUCCGCCAGUCGCGUCCAACAAGCCUGAAACGGUUGUGGACGACCUCGCGCAGGAUCUCGCAGACGCUGAGCUGGAGCAUGUCUCCUCCGACCCCACUGUACACACCCCGGGAGCCUCUUCCCCCAUGAGGAUGUUUGGCUCCGACAGCAAGGAGCAGUCGUCUCGUUUCCAGCCCGACGCCGCCUCACUUGCCCCCAAAUUCACCUACGUCAACCCCUUCGAUCAGCUCGAGGCCGCCAGCCCCCGCAAGCACACCCCGAUCCAGCAGGGCUCCAAGCCUCCUGCCCCCAAGAUGGAGAUUCUCAAGAAGAGGGCAGUCGAUGCUUCUUCGCCCGCUCCCCAAGACGACGCUCCUGCCCAUACACACGAAACUGUGGCUGAGGCCGUGAGCGACCUGGGCGAGCAGGUUGGUCAGCAGAUCGAGGAUGCGCUUGCUGAGGCUGAAGCCGAGGCCUCUGCUCUCCCCAAACCUGAGGAGCUCGCAGAGGUCCAAGAGGUCAUGACUGAGAUCGCAAACGAAAUCAAGGAGGAGUUUGCCGAUCCAAGUACAGCCAAGGACAUCGAGGCCAGCAUGCCCAAGCCCAUUGCAGCUGCCCUCAAGGAAGUCGCUACCGAGAUCGCUCAGGACAACGUCGCUGAAGACUGGGAGACCGCCGAAGCCGAGGAGAGCCUCGCAAAGGGUGAGGACCAGACGGUAAUAGUCUACAGGUUCCCCAUGCGCGCCUUUGCCUCCAUCCAGGUUAACCAGAUGCCGCCUCGUCGUCUCUACUUCGCCAACGAGCUCUUUAUGGAUAUUGCUCGCUUGAAGAAGGACUUUGACCAGAUCGACCGCUCCCUGGUAUCCGCCAGCAAGAACUUCAUCGUAUACGCACUCGUCAAGAAGGGCGGCUUCCGCAUCAUUCGCCAGGAGAACGGUCAAUACCGCCAGGUCUUUGAGAACCACCAAGAGCGCAUCUUCAACAUCGCCCUGUGCACUUCCGCAGACGACUCACAACAACCUCUCGAGAGCAUCCUGGGUAUCGGUAUCAACGGCACUGUCUUCUGGACCUCUCUCGACCCUGCUCGCGAGGACCAGUUCGGCGAGAACCUCGAUUCUCAGGGUCUGAUGCUUCCCCCGUCGCCAUCUCAAGAUGAUAACACAUCUGGAGGCCAACUCAAGACUCGCGCGAAGCCAUCUUCGCGUCACCCAGAGUUCUUUGCUGUUGGCAGGGGCAAGUCCAUCCAUAUCGUCUUCCCCAAGGUCGCCGCUGAGUAUGCUCGGUCUAAGAGCCGCAUCUGCCACACGGAAAAGUACCUCAAGGAGCGCUCCCUCAAGAUCCUCACUGGCAAGGCUGGUAAGGACUUCACUUUCAGCGAGGACGACACCAUAAUUGUCUCUCUUGACAAGGCCGGCCGCAUGCGCUUCUGGGAUAUCCGUACCCUCACCGAGCCUGACCUAGGCAAUCCUCACAGCCCUCCCCGCCAGGUCGAGGUCUCCGAGACUCUGCUUGAGUUUCACACAACUACACCCAAUGCCAAGUCGUGGCCUACUUCCGUCUUCUUCUUUGACAAAGACAAGCCAUAUACUAAGGGUAUUGCGCUGCGUUAUGUCAUGGUCGGUAUGAAGCAGAACCACGCCUUCCAGCUGUGGGACCUUGGCCUCAACAAGGCCGUGCAGGAGAUUCACCUGCCUCACGAGAACGAAUCGGACGCCAUCUGCAGCGUAUCGUUCCACCCCCGCACUGGCAUCAUGGCUGUCGCCCACCCUACCAGGAACUCGAUCUUCUUCGUUCACGUCUCCUGCCCUAGGUACAACCUUCCUGCUCUUAGCCAGGCUGCGUACAUCUCCCGUCUGGCAAACAAGGGUGACAGGGGCCAGAACACUCUACCUCCAGUCAACGCUACCGCCAUCAUGACUAGCAUCACGGAGUACUCUUUCGCUUCCAAGGGACAGAUCAGGAGCCUACACAUGCUCAACGAGCCCGCUGGACCUUCUGAUGUCGACGACCCUGACAACGCAGCCCUCUUUGAGCUCUACGUCAUGCACUCCAAGGGUGUCUGCGUCCUGCGCAUCCGCCGGAGCGAUCUUGGCUGGAAGAAAGAGGGCGAGCCCAUUCACCCCAAGGAAGCCGAGGAAGAGGGCGUCAUCACCAUCUCGCAGCUCAAGCCACCUCAACCUGUCACCGAUGAGUCAUCUACUGCUGGUGACACUCCUGCGCCCAAGUCUGUCUCUGAUCGAUCUGCGCGUGAGCCACUGAAGAGGGAGAGUAGCACCGCAUCCAAGCAGUCCAUCAACCCCGAAGCAGCGAUGCGCGCAUCUACUCUCGCUAAGGUCGAGAGCAAGCAAGACGCAGCUCGUGCAGCUAUCAUCAACGGUGGUGAGAAGUCAGAAAAGAAGAAGAAGAAGCGCUCGGCCGCCACAGAGACAGCUUCUCAAAUCUCUACAGCGCCUUCAGCUGUGGCUUCUACUGCACCUUCCGCUCGUGCGCCUGCGCCUGCACCCGCGGCUCUGCCUCCGUCUUACGCGCAAGCUGCUCAAGCGACUCCGCAGUCCAAGUCUCCGGCACCACCUGAGCCAUCCGUUGCGCAGGAGCCUGCCAAGUCCAAGGCUGUUGACACCACCGAAGCACCGGAGUGGGCCAAGCAGCUCAUCAGCAAGCACCUCCAACGCCCAAGUGCUGCACCUACCGCUGCUCCUUCCGCAGAGUUUGAUGCCAAGAAGCUUGAGGAAAUUGUACAGGCUGAGAUCACCAAGGGCUUCUCGCGCGAGCUAGACAUCAUGUACAAGCGCUUCGACGAGGACAAGCGUGUUAUGAACGCAGCCAACGGUGCCCAUCAGCAGGCUAUCCUGCGUCAGGUGUCUAGCACACUCAACGAGAACGUCGAGGGCGUGAUUGGAAAGAUGGUCAAUGACAACAUCAGGAACGUUGUGCUUCCUGAGGUACUGGCAAAGACUACUGCUACCGUUGAGCAGGGUCUGAGCGCCAACCUCAAGCCCAUCCUGGCGCAGCAGCUGUCGAAGGAGAUUCCUGAUGCUGUGUCUCGAUCCCUGAAGCAGCCCCAGAUGUUCCAGUCACUUUCCGACCAGGUCGCGAAGAAGAUCGCCGGCAACUUCGAGCCUAUGAUCGCCGCCUCAGUCGCCACAGUCGUCAAUCCCGCUAUGUCAAACUUGACCAACAUGAUCGAGCGUCAGAUUGGUGGUGAGCUUCGACAAGCCCAUGCUCAACGCCGCGAAGAUGCUAUCAAGAUCUCCGCGUUGACCGAGACUGUGCAAACAUGCCUAGAGACUAUCCAGACUAUGGCUGCCAACCAAAUCGAACUCCAAGGUCAGGUUGCAAAGCUCCUCGAGGCUCGUCAGGCUCCAGCCCCUCGACAUGUACAAGACUCGCCUGCUGCUACACGAUCCCCUCCCAAGCAGAAGUCACAAGAGGAGCUUGAGAUCGAGUCUAUCCACCGUCUCAUGUCCGAGGGCAACUACGAGCAGGGUACCAUGCAGUGGCUUCAGUCGCCCCGCAGCGCAGCGCUCUUCGACUCUGUCUUCGUCCGCUACGAUCCUGCCUACCUCAGCCAGGUGAGCCCACUGCUCGCGCUGUCGACUGGUGCGGUCGUAUCUGAGCAUCUGGGACGCAACCUGACGGAGCGCCUUGUCUGGCUCAACGCUGUAUUUCAGAGCGUCAACCCCAACGACCAAGAAAUUCGCGACAUCAUCCCUAAGAUCAUGGACGUAGUCAUCCAGCGCUUGACCGCCGCAUACAUCCAACUCAACGAGAGCACCCCUGGCAGCCCGCUCCUUCGCGCCAUCUCUCAGCUGGUCAACAAGUGCAACGAGAUGACUCGCGCCGCCGCACCCUUCAGCCCUCGUGGUUGA